AUGGCCGCUUCGGCCCGCGGUUCCUUUCUCACGUCGCUAUACCACCAUGUUGUUCUGCCCCGACAGACCCCUGGGAAAGAGGACGGCGACCUUCACAAAAUCGAAGCGGCGCUCCUCGAUCGCCUGCUUGAUGCUGUGAAAGUGCUUGCUCCCAUCGUACUUCCCUCUCAUUUUCAAGCCGUGGAUGCCGUUCGACUGGCUCUCACCACCUGCAAAAUGCUCAACAUAGAUGGCAAAGUCGACAAGACCCUGCUCCUGAAGGAGUUUGGGAGUCUUGGCAAGACAAACGCUCUUAUCCUCUAUGUGACUGAACAGAACGCGGCUCUUCUCAUUUACCGACAGGAGCGUGGAUCCAGUGACAAUGACGCCGUUGUGUUCGAGGCCUUCGAAACUGCCGCACCUGCUUCGAAUAUUUUAGCUUCUAAGGGCGCAUUGCAAUGGGAUUUCCCAGGCCAAGCCGUUUCCAUUCCAUACCAAGACUUCUGCAACCCAGCUUUCCAGGACAGUCUGUCUGCGUUUAUUGAACAGGCCAGUAUCGAGUCGGUCAAGCAAUUCUCUGCUAUCACGCACAAAGCCCAGGCCCCUCUUCCUGAGAUUCGCGAUGCUGCCAACCCUGAUCUCGUUAGUGGCCUGUUGAUGACGAUUCUAGAGGCAAAUGGUACGGCGUCCUUUCCUCCAACUCUGCGGAAACGGGUUCGGGAUACGAUUUGCUGGGAUAAAGCACACAAACCAUGGCGGAGAUCACCUUUUUAUCUAACACUUCGCGUCGCUAUCCAACGGCAUUUGUCUAAGAUGCUAGGAGACUAUGCCGGCCGGAUGUAUUAUAAGGUUCUGAUGUGUAUCUUCAUGUCGCGAUUCUUGGAUUCUGCCUUGGCCUACAUGGCACCUGAAGCGAGCCAUACCUUGAUCCAGAAACUCUGUGUCCGGCUCGCAAAGCUUGAAGUCCACCGAAAGAACACGGUUGGCCCGGCUAGGGAUGCUUAUGAUUGGAUCUUGCAACACAUUCGAGAGAACUUGGAGAAAUCGCUGAUAUCGGCCAAGAACUAUCUUGAGGCGCAGUGGGAGACAUUUAAGAGGAGGACCCAGCGAAUCAUCCAUCCUCUACCCCAAUAUGCAAAUCCUGCCUCUCAAACGUUGAAAUUACCUCUGAGCGGCCAGUUCCUUGAUGACAUACUGUGGAAGAGGCUAGCUAGUAUUCCAAGUCACGGUGGGGCACCGUACGAACUUGUCAAGAGGUACGAAUCCUCCGUCGCCACUAAAAAGCCUUUUACAGUUAUUGCUCGUCGCUAUCUUGAGCUAUCCGAAUUCGAAGAGAAAACCAUGAGUUCUGUGGAUAUUUACGCCAGCUCUACAUCAGACUGCGAGGCUCGCUGCAUCGACCUAGCGGAAACCAUCGAAGCCUACUUGAUUGAGGUUGGCGAUUCCUUCGACGAAUUCCCAGAACUAAAGAGCAAGACCCUCUUGAACAUUAUGGAAUUAUGGGUUGUAAUGGAUCAAAACGCUCUUGGGUGCUAUGAACUCUUAAGUCUCUACCACCCGGGUUUCGACGCCGCGAUCCUGAACGACCUCCACCUCUUGUCACUUGACGACAUGAAACGUGUACAGAGUGUUCAGAGUUACCUUUUAAGGCGCACGCGGGCUUGGAAUGGCACUGGUUCCAAGACCAUUUUCGAUGAUCCUGCAGAGGACUCGUUCGCGGCCCGCUUCUACGAGAAUUCUUCCCAUCUCAGGAAACUCCGUCGCACAAUUGAAGAUCGGGCCGAGCGUGACCGCACAGAGAAAGAGGCAGAAUGGGAGGAAAUGAGUCGCCAUCACGAAUCCUUGAUGAAGCAGAUUGCAGAAGCCUCCUGUGUCUAUACUACCUACACAGCAUUUGACGGUGAGGUUAUCCGUGAGCACAAGAAGGGUUGUUACAAGCAUCGAUUGAAAUGGGAGGCGAAACAGGUCAAAAUCAAGAUUUUUGAACAUCCUCUACCAAUGUAUGAGCCAGCGGCGAAGGCUGCACUCUUCGAGCUAGCUAUCCCAGGAGCAUUUGCGGCGUACCGAGAUGCAACUUGGCUGGUUCUUUCUACCCUGGCCUAUCCUAAAGUGGAUCCAGUCGACAACGUGCCCCUUCUUCGAAACUAUUCUGAGCUUGCGCGCUAUGCAAAUCGACGCGGCCCACAUGUUUCUCUGGGGUCUUCAGCCAAGUCUCACUUAGACUGCCAUUACGCAGUAUCAUCCUUUCCGGUUUCGUUGCGGGCGAUCUGUCGUCCUUGUGGCCUGAAACUGAACUAUUAUGACAGCCGCAGCGGCACAUGGACGUCUCGAGAAGGUGCGCCUUCGUUCUCGUUCUACUUCCCUCUCAAAAUCCCGCCCAAUUCACCUUAUCGUUCUCUUCAGCUAUCGCACCUGCACCAUACAUGGCCUUCCUCCAACGAGAUCUUGGCUAGUCAGACACAGUGCCCAGGAGAUCUCAAUGUGCACGAAUUUAUGGCUUGGCAAGGCUUGUUGGCAAACACUCAUUUGCGAUGGCUAUCUCUGCUGCGUGAGCUGGGCUCGACCAAUUUGAACUUCUCAACAGAGUCCACAUGGGGUAUUGUAUCACGAUUAAUACUCCAUGCCGGCCCAGCGUCUACCAAUAACCCCUUCAGAGACGUUCACGCGGCCCUCAAUGACGAAUCUUUUUGCUGCAAACUCCUCGAACAGAUUAGUCAACGCCUCGAAGCGAUACGUCGCAAUUAUAGGGAACCAAUUCAGAUGGAUACGCUCAUUUCAAUGCUCCUCAAGAUUAGUUUCUUUACUUCGGCGACACCGAUACGGAGUGAGGCAGUCAGACUACUCCACUCCAUUCGCAGCAUAACCUCUGGUUGGUGUGCCGACAUUCUUGCAUUAGCCAACGAAACUUCAACAGAGACGUCAAAUUUCGGAAUUUGGGCGUCCGUUCUGUGCAAACGCACUUUCCAGCUAUACCCACAACUCGAGCCCCAGUUGGAUCAUGAAGCGUUGCAACACUUAAUUGAGGCAUCAAUCUCUCUGCAGGACAAUCUCAUCGGAUCUUUCGACGAAUUUCCUUUUUCUUUGCGAAGUGCAAUCAUAAACGACUUGGUUUUCACUUUCGGUAUUCGUUCUCGCCUCCGUGAUGCUAUAUUAUCCAAUCCUAAGGCGAUGGUUGAUGUGCUAUCCAAGAAAUGGCCUGUUCCAGAGGGCUGCAACAGUCAUUCAGUCAAUCUGGAACCUAAUGCGGGUUCAUGGUGGAUUCGGUUGAGCUUUACGUCAACCGAUGAAGAGACUAGCCAUAAUGUUCACUACGACUUCGUCUACGGGCGUCUUUUGAUCAAUGGGAAGCAGUUGGGAGUUCUCCCUUCUGAAUAUCGCCAGACGCCAACGAUACAGAACUUGUUUGGAACGCAAAUCCUUCGAGUGCGCCCGUCUUCUAUGCCAGGGAUGUCUCUUAUGAUUGACCGUUGCAUGCCAAAUGGGUGUUGGGUUCACCUUGGUUUCCGCAAUGGACAGCACUUAAUCUUAAGGGCAGAACAUAACGGAUCGGUGCUUGAAUACAUUCCUCGGGAUAUAUUUAGAAAUCCUGCCCAGUUCGACUUGCCUGCAUCGCUCGUUUUGAACUGUCAUCAUUGGCUCAACCUCCAAACUGGAGUUUUGGAGAUUCGGCAAGAACACUUGUGGAAGUCAAAAAUUGGGAAUUGGCUCAUCCAUGUCCCAACUCGCCGUGCCACGAGGAGGGCAUCAAAACUUAUAGAUCCCAACAGUGACCUUGCAAAAUUAGUCAUGCAAAACUUUCACUUGUUCGAGCAUCCUCACCACGUCACCAUAUAUCAACCAGGAAAGGGAUCCUUGGCGGUCGAAUUGAAGCGCCUUGAAUUAACCUUUCGUGUUAAUACCAAGGGGCUGCUGCAGUGUCGUCAACUCGGUGCUGAGAUUGUGGAAUCCAGGCGCCAGGACCCUGGAACAUGGUAUGGACUGCAGAGCAAGUUAGUUAUUCAAUCCGUCAAGAACUGGCGUCAACGAAGCAUCCUUGUUCCUAUGGGGCCGUUUAAUGUCCAACGCCAUAAACAGCACGUCUUGAUUGAGAUUCAGAACCAAGGCAACUACUUGAUGUUUGGGAUCAAUGAAGUGCUGGGGCGAGUGGAGUGCCCAGCGGAGCCGCGAUUACUUUACACAAAGGCGUUGUGGCAUGCCUAUACAUCCCACUUUCUUCCAGAUCCGCUCACUGAACGAAUAGGAGUUGACGAAGCUCUCUAUUGCCUCCAGACGGGCUCAUAUCAGCCUUGGAGUCCCCUCGAUGCCAAGAACCUUGAAAUCUUGCGACAUAUUGCAGAACUCUCUCCAGGUCGCGGAUACUAUCCUAGCAACCUCAAAUAUAUGGAGGCGGUUUCCUGGAAUCCAGAGCUGACCACCACAAUUCAAGAUGAUAGAUAUCGGCUUCUUACGGAGAAAAUAUGCGAGAGAUCUUCGAAUCUGGCACUCUUUUCAGACGGAUAUGAUCAAAGCACUCAUAAAUUUCCAUCUGGGAAUGAGCAUCUGGAAUGCCGAGCUAUAGCGAGGAUAUAUGGCCAACCGCCUGGGGAAGAUGUUCUUUAUCAUCCCAGGGAUGGCCGCUUUCAAACCGAUUGUCGGCUGAAUGUUGCCGUUGUAACGAACCUACUGCUCAGGCCUCCUUCUAUUCUCUCGAAUACAAAAGAUCUGAGUUCGCUGCUAGAAGAGUUCCCUGUCAUUGGGGGAUUCGUUCGACCGUUUGACAAAGUACAGAUCUCGGACCUCCUGUCCGUCAACUUUGGAGUAGACUGGGGCGCCCUAGUUCGCACCAUUCUGAAUUCAAGCGGCCAGGACAAAUAUCGACUAAUUUUCUUGCUAGCACCAAUGGCAUUCUCCUCUCGGGCUAGAAUGGAUCUAAUCCGGGUGAUAGUUGCCUACAUACUCCUUCCAGGUCUCAGUUCACUCCACCCCCCAACUUGUCCUUCCUAUAUUCGAUAUAAUGGCACGGAAGUACCAACAGUCGAAUAUCUUGCGGAUUUGAUGAAGGAGGCGAAAUUACCGUACAUCGCAGGCGAGCAGACAAGUGGCGCGCGGCCAGGUCAACUUGCUCUGAAGAGGAUUGAGUAUGAUAAAGAAGCACAGCGAAGCUGUACUGCUCUCGCACGAUUUAUUCGAUCCCAAUGGCCCAGUGAGAAACUUCAGCUGAAGAUACCUUCGGCGUACAACGUCAGCAAUGCGCACUUAGACGUCGAUGAGGCUCUUGAGCGAGUCCAACCAGAAUGGUUACGUCUCACGCAAAAUUUUGAGCUUGCAAAAUACCUAGAACAAGUGCAGCUUGUUCUAGAUAAAAAUAGUGGCCCUAUGUUAGACAGUACAGAUACUGCUAGUUUCGUGGCUGUUGAACCUUCUACCCCCCCUCGCCUUUAUGUAAAGUCAAUGAUGGGAAGAGAGGUUCCUAGUUUGCCAGAACUGUUAAGUAAAGGAACCGAUUUCUCACUCGCUUGGGUAUCCAAAAAAUCCGCCGUUUGCGACAGUGCUACCGGCUCGAGCCGUCCGCUGGGGAAAUUCGUAGGAAGCACCACACCAGCGGCUUUCCCGUCGCCGCGAAUUCAAGAGCUCGAAAGUAUCGUGGCGAGCCUAGGUAAAUCAACUUCUAUGGUACAGAGGCAGUAUGGGCGAGAACUAGAACAAAGUAUCAGCGCUCUACGUUGCCAAGAAUCUAGACCGCAAACCUCAUGCGAGUCAUUCAAUCCAACGGGAUUCUUCAACCAGAUUAAUGAAGCGAAAAUCAAGGCGCGUAAGGUGCUCGAGCAUAUUCGGACAGCGCUGCAGCAGGAUGAUCCACGAGCCAAAUGGAUGAGAUAUGGUGGGCUUUGGCCGAGCAUUACUUUUGUUACUCUACUCUCUGAGCUGCGGUCCACAUCGGAAAUAGCGUUCGGGAAGGGAAUGAAGGAAAUCCUCGUCAAUAUGGGUUUAGCGAUUACAUCAUAUCAGCGCCUAUUGAGGAUCGAGGAUGCGUAUCGUAAGCGAAGGGAACAGCAACUACUUGACGAGAGAAUUAAUACUGGCCAUCAGAACUGGUCGCCAUUGGAGUACGUUGACUGGCUACUUUUGGAAGUGGAAGGGAACAUCUUGAUUCGACCAGAACAAGUUGAGGUGGCAUUGGCUACAAUAUCACCAAAAUCUGGAGAAAAUUCUGUCCUGCAGCUGCUAAUGGGUAGAGGGAAAACAUCUUGCAUUCUGCCAAUGGUGGCGUCUAUUCUUGCAGAUAGGAAACGAUUGCUACGAAUAGUUGUGCCCAGACCCCUUCUCCUACAAUCCGCCCAGAUCAUGCAAUCUAAAUUAGGAGGUCUCGUAAAUCGUCAGGUCAUUCACAUUCCAUUCUCUCGAAGAACCCCAACCAAAACCGGGCACAUUCGAGCAUUUAGUCAGCUACAUGUACAGAUCCAACAUGGUAGCGGAAUCAUCUUAGCACUCCCGGAAUGCCUCCUCUCAUUCAAACUGAGUGGAUUGCAACGAUUAGUAGAUGGCGAGACUAGAGAGGCAAUGCUGAUGAUAAAAACCCAAGAAUGGCUGGACAAGCACUCCAGAGAUGUUUUAGAUGAGUGUGACGUGUCGCUCGCGAUUCGGACACAGCUUAUCUAUCCCUCUGGAUCGCAGAUGACAUUCGAUGGACAUCCUUUUAGGUGGCAAGCGGUCCAGGCCGUCCUUCGCCUUAUUUGGUCCUAUCUCCCAGAUCUAGUCCAUAGAUUCCCUCGGAGUAUUGAGGUCGUUCAGCGAACCCAGGGCAGUUACCCACUCAUUUACUUUCUCCGCAAAGACGUUGAAAACUACCUUGUGGCCGAGAUGGUUGAUGCUAUUUGUAGAGGGCAAACCACGAUCAUGCCUUGCACGGAAUACUCGGCGGGUGCAAAGGCGGACAUAAAAGAAUUUAUUUCAUCCGCUAAAGUCAAUACUGAUUUAGUGAGGCGGGUUAAUGAGGUCUUCAAAGACAACCUGAAUUUGAUGAAGGUCAUGUUCCUCCUCCGUGGGCUCUUUGUUCAUCGAAUCCUGCUCUCGGCAUUGAAGAAACGAUGGAGUAUUCAAUUUGGUCUUCACCCGUCGCGAGAUCCGAUCGCGGUCCCAUAUCACGCGAAGGGUGUGCCAUCACCCUCGGCUGAAUGGGGUCACCCGGAUGUCGCUAUCAUCCUAACUUGUCUCUCAUUCUACUAUCAAGGCCUCAAUGUCAAUCAGUUCAAGCAAGCCCUAGAGCAACUCCUGAAGUCUGACGAGCCAAGUAUUGAAUACGAAAAAUGGGCUACUAAGGCACUACCUGAAGGCAUGCGUGACUGCAACGCUAUAAAUGUGGAUGACAGCUCUCAAUUACGGGGCCUUCACCAACAUGUCCGCUUUAACGUAUACCUCCUCGAGUUCUACCUGAAUCAUUUUGUUUUCCCAAGACAUGCAACGCAAUUUAAGAGCAAACUGCAAGCUUCAGGUUGGGACCUAGUUCUCUUCAACCCGAGCACGAAGUCAGCCUGCCAGACAACUGGGUUCUCCGGAACGAACGACGCCCGACAUCAACUGCCCAUGACGAUCAAGCAGAACGAUCUUCCGAAGCUCUUACAUACAAAUGCCGAAGUUCUAUCGUACCUGCUUGAAGCUCGGAACCGACACUAUGUCCUUGCUGUCGACGCGAACAAUGCACGACUGGGCGAGAAUGCGUUGCUAGAGAAAUUCCUGAAUCCUUUCGGCAAGAGGUACCAAAUCAGUCUAGUUUACCGGGAGGAUAGAAUUAGGAUCUUGAUCGACGCCGGAGCGCAGAUCCUUGAACAUGACAACCGUGGCCUGGCAGCAGCAUGGCUCAAGAUUGAUCAUGAAGCGGCAGCGGCAGUGUAUUUUGAGUCUGAUCAUCGGCCUUGGGUUUUGUAUCGGAAAGGAAUGCAGGUGCCAUUGGUCGCAUCUCCAUUCGCAGAGACCCUUGAGAACUGUCUUGUCUAUCUAGAUGAGAGCCACUGCAGGGGAACUGAUCUCAAGCUUCCUCCAAAUGCAAGGGCAGCGUUAACCCUGGGACCGCAUCUAACGAAGGACGCUUUGGCUCAAGCUGCCAUGCGGUUACGCCUACUUGGGAAAACACAGUCUGUGACAUUCUUCUCACCGCCAGAAGUGCACCAGAGUAUUCUAGAUCUCCGGAAUAAACGCGACGAUCAAAUUAUUGAUUCAUCAGACGUCAUUUACUGGUUGCUAGAGCAAACCUGCAACGGAAUAGAGCAACUGGAACCCCUGUACUUCAACCAAGGAGCUAGCUACCUUCAACGCGUCAAUUCUAAGCUCUGUAAUCCAGACUAUCUUCAGAACGCGUCUCAGCGGAAGGAGUAUCUAUCAGUCAUACAGUCGAAAGAGUUGCAAACGCUGAAGGAGCUCUAUGAACCUAAACACCCCAAACGCGGAGCGGAGUGCAAACCUUCAAGCUUUCCACAAGCUCUCCGCGGAUAUGCUGAGGAGCUUCAUACUCGUCGCAAAAACUUCCAAGACCGCGGCAUCGCCGUCCACAGUUCUGCGUUGGAGGAAGUAGAGCAAGAGCGCGAGGUAGAGUUCGAGGUCGAGAGUGUGCGUGAAAUUCAGGUUCCAGUGCACUUCACAGCGCUGAAAUUCCCGAAGCUUCACCAAGAUAUCGAGGAUUUUGCGAUCACGGGAAGGAUGCUUGCUAGCAGUGAAGCCUUCAAGCCAGCCUUUUUUGCUCUACAACAAACCGCACUAGGCAAGAAGCAGGGUUCCAACAUCACCGCUACUUCAAUGGUUUCUGGACUUUUUGUUUCAACACAAUUCUGCCGCACAGUCAAAGUCCCGGAGCCGAACGACAACUUCCUUCGCCCGUGCCAGUGGAUUCUUUGGAGUCAUUCAGCUGAAGUGGCUUUAAUAGUCAGCCCGGAGGAAGCUAACCUCCUGAUCCCCAUUCUUCGCGGGAGCUCCAAGAUUCUUCCUGCUAGAGCCCAUUUGAUUAUCUACGCAGCCCCGGUUACGCGUCGUAUGCUGCACUUCAACAAUCUUGACUACCAUGCGACGCCUCCAUUGCCACCAAACUUCAAGAUCCCAGUCUGGGUCAAGAUUCAGUUGGGCAUCUUCUCUGGACGUCUCUACUUCGAGUGGAACGAGUAUCAUGAGAUGCUCGCAUACCUUGGUAUUAACAGUGGCCCUGUUUCAGGCGAAAAUAUACAGACUGCCAGACAAGGAGUGUUUACAGAGAAACCCCUCACGUUCCUUCAGGAGUGGCUUGCUGUCAGGCGUAAAGGGCAGGAUUUCGAGCACACACCCAUGGGCUUCGUCACUACGGGAAAGCCGCUGUCUCGGGAUCAUCCUUUCUUCAUGUCUCCAUCAAUCAAUCGUGAAAUGGACCUUAACGAGCCUGCCAGGCCACACCACAAGGUUACCGAUCUUGAGGACGACUCAGACAGAGAGUCAGAGGCCGAGGUAGAUGAAGAAGGUCACGGGUAUGAUGAAUUUUAUGAUGCAGAAGAGCUACAACAGCACGAAGAGGGAGGUGCAGACUGGCAUCAGGAAGGCUUUGACGAAAAUGACAACAUUUUCUUCGAUGGUGCGAAUUCGGCUCUGUUGAGUUAGGUGUGGUGAUGUGCGAUAGAUGUGGGGCGAUGUGUAAGGGAUUAGGUAGCGGUGUAGUUAGUAGUUUCAUACAGGGAAUGGGAUUUUCUUCCUG